CAAAAAAGAAGAUGGCAGACUUUCGGGACGACACCGGAGCUCGAGCCCUACUGGCCUUGCAAUCUGCCCCGUGCAGCCCUGUUCGAGUCGGGGUGACCUCACCCGCAUACCCUCCCAAUUUCACCUUCUCGGGCUCUUCGGUGCUGAGUCGGGGCUGCGCGAUGCCUCCUCGCCUCGCGUCUCCUCCUCGGGCCCUGGCCAGGCUCGAAGGCCGGGACUUUGAUUUCGUCAUGAGGCAGCGGACAGUGACCGUAGGCCGUAACUCGUCGCACGGCUCCGUGGAUAUAAACAUGGGUCACUCGAGCUUCAUCUCUCGGCGGCACCUCCAGAUCACCUUCGAGGAGCCGUGCGGGUUUUCGCUGCGCUGCCUCGGGAAGAACGGCGUCUUCGUGGACGGCGUGUUUCAGAGGAGAGGCGCGCCUCCCUGCAGCUGCCCCGGGAGUAAAUGUGUGUUCAGGUUCCCCAGUACAGUGAUCAAAAUCCAGUUCUCCUCUCUGUUGUCUGGGGAGGAGUCGAGAGAGGAGGAGCAGCGGUCUCCCCCGCCCCGCCUCACCCUCCUCCCACACAUCUCCCCCCUCAAGAUCAGCAUUCCCACAAUGCACCACGAGGACCUGCGACACCUGGUCAGCCCGCUGCCCUCUCCGACAGGGACCCUCAGUGUUCCUAACUCGUGCCCGGCCAGUCCGAGGGGUGCGGGGUCAUCGGGUUAUCGCUACGGACGCAACGUGACAUCUGACCUCCAGCUGGCUGCGGAGUUCGCUGCCAAGGCUGUCUCCGAGCAACAGCGGGGCGUUGCUGAGCAACACGGAGAGUCCGGCGGCGGAGACAGCCCCAAGGAUGAAUCGAAGCCUCCCUACUCCUACGCCCAGUUGAUAGUACAGGCCAUCUCUUCAGCACCAGACAGACAGCUGACCCUGUCUGGAAUCUACACACACAUCACCAAACACUACCCCUACUAUCGCACUGCAGACAAGGGCUGGCAGGUAACUAGACACAUCACCUAACCCUACUACCAGGUAGCUAGACUC